UCAAGACAAGUAGGUCUGAAGUACCGGCAACCGUUCUUCGUCGCGAUUUGUAUCGUGAUCGAGCAAGCCGACUUAUGAUUGUCCGCACGCCCAGGCUCUCGUAAGGCCCCAUCCAAAAUCGGGGUUGACCGAGGAUUUGUCCGGUAUCAAGGUUAUCCAUAUGUGCAGUUGAUGCAUCGUGUCUGGCAGUCCUUGACCCCAAAACCGCGUCCCUCGAUCAACAUGCUACAUACAUACCCAGAUAUCCCUCACCCACCUAACACAUCACUAAACGGGGGCAUGAACGUUAAUGCCCGUGAUACCAUGAUCGGCAAAGAUCGACGCAUCCAUCGUUCUCGACUGCCCGACCCCACAGGAUUGGGUGCUUUUUCCGGACUGAUGAAGACGCAGGCCAUCACCAACGCCGUUGUGUCUCCUUCGGGGGAGAGAUUCUUGCGGGGGUUACUCGAGUCCAGACCCUCCGUAGCACCUAGUCAAUCUAUGUCCCAUGUCACGGUACAAUACGCUGACGAAAGUGGAUGUGUCCUUUUCUCGCUCCCAGCUUCCAUCUCGUACACAACAGGGGAGAGGAAGGGCAGACUGCACUCAAUACUCGUCCUUGAGCUCCGACUAUGUCUCGUCUAUACUAGAAACUGUCACACAGAAGCCAACAGACAGGCGGACCGCGGGCAAAGUCAAACCGUUUUCCACCAUCCGUUUUCCAUACCUGUCCCCAUUUUCUUUGCGUAAAUCAUGCUUUCGUCGCGGAGAUGUUUUCCAAUAAAGAAAAAGAGAAGGGUAUAGUGAUAUUAACAUGGAAGACUUUCCGUUUCCGUUUCCCUUCCGUACUCGCUCCCUGAAAGUAAAACAAAACAGCUACAAUCCCAAAAGGGGGCUACUAUAGCGGCAACCAAAUCUCGCUCCCUGGCGAGAGGAUCUCCCCGCGUAUGCCCCGGCCCAGUAGGAAGUAGACAACCAAACCACCAG